GACAUUUUUCGUAGCACUCAUGAAACUGCACACGGACUUUUAUCUCAAAGACGACAUCUGAUCAGUUGGCUUAAAAUGACGUCUGAUAAGUGAAAGUCUAACCUUCUUAUUCAUUUUAUAUAUUUACAUUGCAUUUGCAACAAUAUAGUACUUCCUGCAACGGGUAUCAUGGACGACGAUGCAGCUGCUCUGCAAAAUCUGGAGCAAUUGAUGACAGAAUUUUUCUCCCCGGAGACAAGCAACGAACGGAAACGUACGAUUGAACGUAGUUUUCAAGAAUUCACUGCACAGAUUGACUCUUGGAAGCCGUGUCUGCAUUUUUUAUCAUCUACAAGCAAUCAUUAUGUCAGUAUGUUUGCUCUGUCCACCCUGGAGACAACUAUUGGAAGGAGAUGGCCCAUUCUGCCAUGGGAAGACAGAGCCCUUACUAGAUCCACUUUGUACACAUUAUCAUUGGAAAGAGGUGUAGCUCCUUUUGUAAGGAAUAAAGUUGUGAAAUUAGUAGUAGAUAUAGCGAGACAUGACUGGCCACAUUUUUACCCAGACUUUUAUUCCAAUAUUUUACAGUUACUAAGUCACAAACACACAAGGCUACUCGGGCUUGUCUAUCUGAGAACAGCUUCAGAAGAACUAGCUACACCAAGAGAAGAUCUGCCGAUGCAUAGAAAGACUGAGUUAUUCAGACUCUUAAGCUCACAAGUGCCUCUGACUUUGGAUACACUUACAGUACUUCUGAAGGAAACCACAAAGUUGCAAAGUCGUUCUGGUACUGUCACACCUCCUCCAUCACCCACCAGUGGGCAAACUCUUGCACCUGUACGUGCUGUGCUUGACGUCGAAGGAUUAGCAACAGGCACCAGUGAAGUUUGCACAGCAACUCUUGAUGUUUUAGCACACUUAUUCAGUUGGAUUGAUCUAUCAGACAGCAUCUCAAGUAACUUGUUGGACUCUAUUUUUUCAUGUGCCAAAUAUCAUGAUGCAAUGAAUGGCAAGCAAAUAGAAAUGGCUGUACAAGCUUUGACUACGAUUAACGAACUCCUGUAUAGACCACUCUGUUCACCCAAUGCGACUGACACCUUAUUGCUGGAAAUAUUUCAGAAUGGCGUUAGUUUAUUUCAGUUGAUGGAACGUCUUGAUUCAAUAGAUGAAAGCUACAUGGAAAAAAUGACAGAGUUCUUACAAUUGUUUAUAACAAAUCACCUGAAGAGAAUGGAAUCGAGUUCAAAGUUUCCAAUAAAUACGUUAUUAGAAGUAUUGUGUCAUCACACGUUCCAGCAAGCUUCCACCGUAAACGGUUACCUGCGAUGUUUAGACGUAUGGACCACGCUUUUGGAGAGCACUCAGUCACGAUAUUCUGCUGUAGCGUUAGCUCUCGCCGAACGAGUAUUGCAGAAAAUGAGCUUUAAGCUCAAUGCUCGAGUACUGAGGGAUCUUGAUACGGAGAGUUUGGAUGAGAAUGAAGAAACAGAAUGGCAGCAUUUUCUACGGUGUAAUGUAGAAUGUCUAGCGAAAAUAGCUGACAUCUCGCCUAUUCCAGUAUUCACACUAUUGUAUCGUUCAUGGAGAGAGGGAUUAAUUAUUUUUGGGGAAUUAGGUGCCGCCUUAGCGAAUGGUCAAGUUAUUUUAUUAAAUGAUGCAGAGGCCUCGAAUGUGCAUGCACAUCUGAGAGAUCUCGCAUCAACUACACAAGCUCUAGCUAGGCUAUAUUCUCUUUUCAUCGGUGAUCAAACAAAUGUUGAUCAAGGCUUGGCUGAGGAAGUUAUAUCACAAACUCUCGAUGCCUGUAUGUUUGCGAGAGAUAAUCAAUUGUAUAAAGCUGCGCUUCAGCCAGCCGCUAUCGUAAUAGAUCUUAUAGAAGUACAUUCACAGCUUUUAGCUUCUCUUCAAGCGUGGUGUCAUUUGAUAGCCAGAAGACCGGAGAAAACUAAGGAGACACUCUGUCAACGUUGCAUCGAUUCGUGCAUCUGGGCGACGACGUACACUACGUCCUGCGAUCAGCCACCUCCGUCAAAUCUCAUCCAUUCCGCCACUCAUCUUUUCCAGAGUAUCACCGCCGUUUUGAAACCCAUCCUAUGGGACCAACCGACUUUCAGAAAUUUAAUUUCUAUGGGCUCAUAUCCGUAUUUGAAGCCUGACACGAUAAAAGUCCUACGCAGAGCAUUGGUAAACGGAAUUAUAUUGCCACCUGGUGAUGCGGUAACGAGGCAAAGAUUGCUAGGUACUAUGAUAUUAGCCCUGUCCGCACCUUUAGGUAUGCAAGGACAACCAGUGCCUUCGGAAUCAACCAUUCCGAUUACGAUUUUGCCGCUGAUUCAACUACUGAAGGACUGCGCUUCCUCGUCAACGAUUAUCAAGAAAAUGUUACACUCGUGUCUGGAAUCUAUCAUAAAUAGAACGUUGGAGUUAUUACCUUACGUGAUAAGAUGUCCGAGUAUAUGUGAAGCGUUACUUAGUUUUUUACAUUCGGCAUUUUCAGUAUUACAACAACAACUAGGUCCCGAGUUCAUGCAGAAUGCAGUUCAAGGCAUGCUACAGAUUUACACCAGAGAAAAUAUUUCUGCUGGGCCUGCGUUGGAUCAAUUGCUGGAGAUCUUGAUACUCGUCGUAUCGGCACCCAGUAAUGCAUUUAAGGCAUUUGUACCGUCAGUGACGAGUUUGUGUCUGGGUCAGGUAUGGCCUGCUGUCGGCAGCAACUUGAGCGCCCAUCCAGACACGACAUUAGUCUUAUUGAAACUUUUCCAUAGUAUCCUUAUGCACCGAUGGCAGUAUUUCUACAAUACCUCUGUACUGCGAACUCUUGGACAUCCCGACGAGGAUGAGUCUGUUGAGCACAAGGAGGAAUUGGUAGCGAUUUUGGAGGCAUUCGGUCAGGCUCUACUUCAGUCAGAUGUCAAUAUAUUCCGACAGAGUUUACAGAGUCUCGAGCAGUUAAAUAUACGGUGGCGGCUUUAUCAGCGUGCAGUCUUCAAGGUUCAUCUUCUCGAGAGAUUCCUCAUGGCAUUGUUCACAGUUUUGUUUCAACAAUCUCACAAUCUGCUGGCAGAUGAAAUAGCCGCGGCUAUUCAUAGUUUGGCGUCCGUUAAUAUAGGGUGGUUCUUUGGUCAUUUCCUACCAACAUUCUUGGCAACUUGCGAAGGUGUAGAUAAUAUGCAGAGAGCCACCUUACUGGAAAACUUCGACAAAUCUACGGAUCAGCCAACAUUGACCAGAUCGGUUCUCCAGCUUAUUUCAGACUUGAGGUGUUAUCAGCUUUGCAGGCCAGGUUGAACGCAAUCGCGUCUCGAUGCGAUGCGAUCAUAACGUAACCUGUAUUCCACAAGACUUCUACAGUGGCAUUUAAAUGAGUCACAUUUCCAUCGAAUCUCUCCUGCGAGUGCCUCUAUGUAUAUGAACGCGAGACAUUACCAGUGAUAGAACGAAAAAAGACAAACGUUUUAUAAACAUUUACCAUUGUGUGUAUAUCACUGCCGCACCUUAUUGUGAUGUCGCUAUUGUUAUGAAUAAAACGUGCGUUUUUAUAUAUGCUAA